AUGGUUGUAAAUCAAGCUCUGGAGAUGAGAUUUGGAUGCACAAAGAGGGUCCUGCUCAUCUUCUGGUUCAACAUGAAGCCCAUCAGCUUUGCUGGCUGCUUCCUGCAGAUGUUCAUCAUGAAUACAUUCCUUCCCAUGGAGUCCUCCACCUUUCUAGUCAUGGCCUAUGACCGCUAUGUAGCUAUCUGCCACCCACUUCGCUACCCAUCCCUCAUCACUGAACAGUUUAUCAUUAAUGCAGCCAUUUUCAUUGUCUUGCGAAAUUUUCUGGCCACACUGCCCACACCUGUUCUGGCUGCCAGGCUCAACUACUGUGCCAGCAAUGUGGUGGAGAACUGCAUCUGUGCCAACAUCUCUGUGGCAAAGCUUUCCUGUGGGGAUAUUUACCUAAAUAAACUCUACCAGUUUGUGAGUGUUUGGUGCCUACUGGGUUCUGAUCUGGUACUCAUCUUACUAUCCUACUGCUUCAUCCUGAGGGCUGUGAUGCGUCUGCAGUCAGGAGGUGCAGCCACCAAGGCCUUGAGUACUUGUGGUUCCCACCUCAUUCUUAUACUAUUCUUCUAUACAUUGCUGCUGGUUUUCAUCUUCACAAACAAGGCAGGAAAGAAGGUGCCCUCAGAGGUACCCAUUCUUCUCAAUGUCUUGCAUCACCUUAUUCCACCAGCCCUGAACCCCAUUGUUUAUGGAGUGCGAACCCAGGAAAUCAAGCAAGGAAUUACCAAGCUACUGAAGUACCACUAUUGA